GUUGACCAGGACGAAAGCAUGGGCAAUGGGGAAGAACAAGCACAGUGUUCCAUGAUUCGCUCUCAAUGCCCACAACCCAUUUCGACCUCCACACGCCAAAUCCUUCCUUGGAAUGGAAUUGCUCGCCAUUGUCAACGUUCAAACUGCACACUUUAUCAUUGCUUUAAGAACACGCAUACUUUCCCUGAAGUUUCGAAAAAACGACUGGUUUGGAGGCUUGUGUGAGGCGCCAAUGUUUUAAUCCCCUGCCAUCCCCUGCUCUUCCCAAUAAUUUAAAAUCAUUUGACAAUGGAAGAAGGACUCAGCACUUAUCUGCAGCUGCCUCCGGGUUUCAGAUUUCAUCCCACUGAUGAAGAGCUCGUUACCCAUUACCUCCAGAACAAGCUUUCUGCAUCUCCCCUGCCUCUCUCCAUCAUUGCAGAUGUGGAUCUCUAUAAGUUCGACCCAUGGGAAUUACCAGAAAUGGCAAAGUUUGGUGAGCAGGAAUGGUAUUUCUUCAGCCCAAGAGAGCGGAAGUACCCAAAUGGAGCCCGCCCCAAUCGAGCGGCUGGCUGUGGAUACUGGAAGGCCACGGGCACAGAUAAGCCCGUGAUCAUAUCGGGAAGCUCUCUUCAAGUGGGAGUGAAGAAAGCCCUUGUGUUCUACAAGGGCAAACCUCCCAAAGGAGCAAAGACCAAGUGGAUCAUGCAUGAGUACCGCCUUAUUGGCCCUGUCCGUGCACCAGACAGAAAAGGAUCCAUGAGAUUGGAUGAUUGGGUGCUCUGUCGAAUAUACAAAAGACUGGAUCGUUUGCCUCGAACAGAAGCAGGUGAUAGAGAUGACUACAUAUCAUUUUCUACCCAGCAUGAAUUGAAAGAGCUGCCGCCCACGCCCACAUUUGAAUCAUUUUCUGCAAGGAUGCAGAACGAAGCGUCCAACUUUCUUGGGGGCCUUGGGAAGGUGCACGGCAUGUCAAUUGCAGAGGAUCUUCCCAGAGAAUGGGGUUACAGAGAAGCAGAGAAAAAGAAGUCAAUUGUAGUUGAAAAUCGCAUCGAUGAUCUCUACUCCCCCAACAAUCAUGCAUCCUCUUCUUCCACUGCCUCGCAACCCUUUGAAGGAAGUAUGUCUGCAAAAUUGUCAGAUAUUCAUCAGAUGUAUUCCUUGCCCUUCAAUGACAACAGGCUCUGGAGCACAGAAGCAGUAACUGCCUUGUUAUCUUAGACUUCUAUUAUGACUCCCUUUUGUAUUUUAUACACACACUUGAGAACAGCAUAUAUAAAGUGUUUUUUUUUUUUUUUUUUACUACUUAAUCCAUUUCUAAUUCUUCUUUCCUUCAAAACAUUUAGUACUAAAUUUUAAUGUAAUCUUAUUCAUUACAAGGUAUGCUAAACAUAAUUUUAUCCACAAUGUUUUACAUGUCAAUUC